AUGCGACUUGGAUGGCGUCUGCCUCCCACAGACCUGACCACCCGAGUCCGCGCCAAGCUCUCGUGCACGAUCCAGUCACUCACGCGCUGUAGCCUCGGGCGACAGAAACCCAGACACAAGCUCGCCAAAGCCAGCAAGGCAAGUGGGGCGCUCAGGAAAGGCUUCAGGCACAGCUGGAUCCAGGCGCCCAGAAGUGACUUAGGCGGUCAGCCAGGAGUCUCUUCGCGCAGGCAGACGCAGGGACUGCCUGCCCGAGCCUCCUCCCUCACACUGGCCGAGUGUCUGCAAUGUUUCGUGGGAGCCAUCUUCUACGUGGGCAACGGGACCCGUGCCCGGCCGGAUGCCCACCUCUGGGAAGCCCUCGGCUACUGUGAACACCCAGGGAAAAAUGCCUGUCCCAAGGUACGCCGGAUCUUAGACAUCUGGGCCAGCGGCCGAGGUGUCCUUUCCCUACACUGCUUCCAGCACACGGUGGCCAUGGAGGCGUACACGCAGGAGGCCUGCCUGUUGGACGCACUAGGUAUCCAGACACUGACCAACCAGAAACAGGGCCACUACUAUGGAGAGGCUGCCUACUGGCCACCCACGAAGCGGCGGCGCUUGGGGGUGUAUCUGCUGCACCGCGCUCUGCUAGUUUUCCUGGCUGAGGGGGAAGGAGAGCUGAGGCCGCAGGACAUCCAGGCCCGAGGCUGA